GACGUAAUACUUCCACCAUCAUUGAAACAUCUUGUACCACUAUCUCCACAAGACACGUACGCUAGAUUAUUUUGCAUCCGUCCGAAAGCGCGCAUAGAUAGCCGCAUUACGAUCUGUUAACACGACACGACACUACAAGAGGGGGAAAUUAUUCAAUAAAGAAUUCUCGCACGAGAUACCCUGCACCCUCACGUCCAUGAUUUUACUUUCCCGUUCCGACCUGUCACAUAAUUCAAGAUGUUUUGGCGAUUCGGGGGGUAUGCAAACAUUUCCACAGUCGACACGCUACUAGACAAGCCCGAUGUCAGCUUGGAGGAGUUGUUGGAUGAGGCCGAGCUCAUCUCGGAGCUCAAACAGCACAAUACGAAACUCAUCGAAUAUUUACGCGAAGACCAUAUCUUGAAACGAUUGAUGGAGUAUGUGAUUGCCCCGCCACUUAUCAAUGAAGAGGAGGAAGAAGAAGAUGACGGAAACGAUCCGGCGCCAUCCGUCGAACAUGGCAAUGAGACGAGUGAAGAGAAAGAGAAGAACGAAGUUCUAGACCCAGAAGACCUCGAAAAGGCCGAGAAGCAACGUUCAAAGUUUGCAUACAUUGCAUGCGAGAUCUUGUCCUCAGAAACUUGGUCUAUUCUAGAAUCAAUCAUGCUCAACGAGGCCUAUUUGCGAGAUUUCUGGGAUUUUAUGAAGCGACCGGCACCUUUGGACUCACUCCAGGCGGGCUAUUUCACAAAAGUCAACGAGGUCUUGUUCGACAAGAAGACAGAAGAAAUGCUGGAAUUUUUCAAGUCAUUAAAAGGCAUUGUCCCUGCAAUCCUUCAGCAUGUGGACAAUCCAAUGGUCAUGGAUUUACUCUUGAAGAUCAUCAGUCUAGAGAAGGUUGAAGGUGGUCAGGGCAUUGUGGAUUGGCUUAAGAAUGAGGACCUUAUUUCCAUCCUUCUUUCAUACCUGUCAUCUGAUCACACCACUUCAGUACAAACUUCCGCAGGCGAUUUUCUCAAAGCCAUCAUCACAAUUUCUGCGAAUGCAACCCAAAACGAGCAGUCUUGUAUUGGUCCCAACAGCCUUACUCGACAGCUAGUUUCAGCUCCGUGUGUGGAGGAGCUUAUCCAGUACAUGUUACAAGGAGGAAACUCGCUUACCGUGGGAGUCGGCAUCGUCAUUGAAGUCAUCCGCAAGAAUAAUUCCGAUUACGACCCUGAAACGGCCGGUGGCCCAGAAUCCCCUCCAAGUAUAUAUGACCCUAUCUACCUGGGAACUCUUCUUCGCCAAUUUUCGACCCAUAUUCCAGAUUUCAUGGCCUUGAUUGUCAGUUCGAAGCACUCGGCAAUUGUGGAUGGCCAGGCUAUGAUAGUGGACCGUGGACAACUCAAGUCUUCUUGGGGUUCUAAGAUUGAGCCUUUGGGUUUUGAUCGUUUCAAAACUUGCGAAUUGAUGGCGGAGCUGCUCCAUUGUAGCAACAUGGGGUUAUUGAACGAGGUCGGUAGUGAGGAGUACAUCCGACAACGUGAUGAUGAGCGCGAAAGACUGCUCGCCCAAGGCGCAUUUGAUAUACCCAAGGACCAUGAAUCCGGUGUUGAUUAUAGCGAACAUGCUGGGGAAUUUGGACAAGAAUCCAUUACGGAAUCCCAAUCUAGGGCUCCCGAAAAUUCCAAUGCCGGCGAAGAUGACGGAUUUGAAGAUGUUGGGUCGUCUGGAGUUCUAGUUGAGGAUUCAAAUGCUGGCACAAGAAACACGGAUACAGAAAAUAAGGAAAAAAAUGUGCAAAACGAAACGCCAGGGCUACACAUUGAAGACAGCAUCGUAGAAGAAACCCUCACUCCUUCACCGAGCAGUUCUAAGACCGAGGGUUCAACUUCUGAACCAUCAGUCAACGCUGCUUCACCUAACGAAUCUAACGUCACUCAGAAAGUUGGCGCAAUAGCAUUGGAAAACGAUGGGCAGAAUCCAGCAGUGCUAUCUCCGCAUCCUGAGGAUACACCUGCACCGUUAUUUGCAUCUACGGCACAGGAAACUCAGCAGAAUACGGGUCCAAUACCUGAGAGUUCCGCAUCUGUAACUCCUGCUGAAAAUGAAGACAUCCCCACCAACUCCAGUGUCACUAACACUGAAGACGAAUUUGCUCCUCAGAUCCAAUAUGAUGCUCCAGGGCAACCUGUAGUCGGAGAUUUCUUAAAGAUUCAAUUCGUGGAACACAAAGUCGUGCCCACUAUUCUGGGAUUUUUCUUCCGAUUUCCAUGGAACAAUUUCCUACACAAUGUCGUGUACGAUGUUGUUCAACAAGUCUUCAAUGGGCCCAUGGAUCGAGGCUUCAAUCGAUCCCUAGCCAUAGACUUAUUCGACAGUGGUAGCAUCACAGAGAAAAUCGUGGCAGGGCAAAGACGCAGUGAUGAGGCCCAGGCCACCAAGAAUAUGAGACUUGGAUAUAUGGGCCAUCUGACUUUGAUAGCUGAGGAAGUUGUCAAAUUUACAGAAAGACACCCGCCUGAGAUUCUCUCACAAACAGUCAUUGACAAUGUGCUACAUAAUGACUGGGUCGACUACGUAGAGCGAACUUUGUCAGAAACUCGGGAACGUGACAAUGCCAUUUUGGGUGGCGUUCGCCCUGAUAUAGCUGGACAUCGUCAAGCCGUUAUGAAUGCUGUUGGUACAGCGCAAGGGUUUACUGGCUCUAAUGCCCUCGCAAAUGCCGGGUUGAAUGGAGGCAAUGGAUAUAGCUUUGAGAAUUUCGAUUCAAUGACACAUGGAAGUGCAUCGAGCGGAGCAUUUGGUUUGGGUGGCAGCAAUUCUCUUCUAAGUGGCUUUGGCAGCUCUAGCGAUGACGAAGAUGAAGAGAUGGAAGACCAAGAGGACGAGGAUGUCAAAGGCACAGCAGAAAGCACCGCAGAAAGCGGAUCUGAAAAUGUGGGUGAUACUCUUUUUACAGAUAUCGAAAUGGACGACUUGUGAAGACGGGCGGACUUGUCGCUCUCAACUUGGAUUUUUCUGCGUUCUUGAAACAUUUCCUCGCUGGGGUAGUCAUGUUAGUUGGGCGGGUCCGGAACACGGUGAUGAGGAUGGAUGCUGUGAGGGUUGUUGCUGAGGGGAAUAAUAUUUGUUAAACUCCGGUGCAUCGCAUUAGAUGUGCGGAGGCAACCUGCACUCUUCGUGUCGCAUCUUCGUUGGACCGUGUUACUGCACUAGGUAGAUAGGCCGGCAUCUUUUUUGAUGUCUGCCCAAUCCGCUGGUCCGUAACUGCAUAUCUGCUCUUGUUGAUCAAAGUGUCAAGCCGGAGCAACCAAGCUUGCAAACUAAGACACGAUUCUU